UUGAAGAUGCCUGAAAAAACCGGAAAGGGCGGAGCCGAAAAAUGACAGACGUUCUGAUGUCCUGUAGUUCAUCUGGGUUGACUUGACAUUGGUUUAUAUGCAGUGAAAUCAAAAGCUCCAAAGAGGGUGGAAUGAGGAUGAGCGAAGAAAGACUAAUCAACCCUACCUUCGCCCUCCCGCGUCAAAGACAGUUGUCAAGAUGGAGUUUCCAGGCCUGUGAAUCCAACGACCAGACCAGAUCAGACUGAGUCUGUGAAGCAUGAUCUCCUUCUGUCCAGAAUGUGGCAAAAGUAUCGAGGCAGCGUUCAAGUUCUGCCCCUACUGUGGAAAACCUUUGCCCACAGAGGAGCACAUAGAGUGCCCAAACUUUGUCAAACCACUUGUGUCAUCCUUCCGAGGUUCAAGAAGAGAGUCGACUUCCAGUUCUGAAACCUCUUCCAAAAAAGUGAAAUGGUCACACACUGUCACUUCUCCCUCCUCAUCCCUGCUCUCUGAUGGUGACAGUUCUGAGCCAGAGUAUGUCUUGAAUUCUUCUGAGAGAUCCAAAGGGGCCUGGAACCAACCUCCUACCCCCAAAAGCAGCCCAAGCCCGAAGCCUACCAGGCAAAGCCCUCAGACGCUGAAGCGGAGCCGGGUGACCGCCUCCCUCGAGGCUUUGCCCACAGGGACGGAGCUUACAGACAAGAAUGGGCAGCGCUGGAAGCUGGGGGCCCUCCAGACCAGGGACAGCCAGGUUAUUCUCUAUGAAGCCGAGCCUGUUUCUAUCUUCCCCUGUGAGUCGAGGCCUGGGAAACCUAGAUUCUCACUCAAACUGGAUGCCAAGGAUGGGCGUCUGUUCAAUGAGCAGAACUUCUUCCAGCGAGCUGCCAAGCGUCUGCAAGUGAGCAAGUGGAAGAAGCUGUACUCAACCCCCCUCCUGGCCAUCCCCACCUGUGUCGGUUUUGGCGUUCACCAGGACAAAUACAGGUUCUUGGUGUUCCCCAGCCUGGGGAGGAGCCUCCAGUCAGCCCUGGAUGACAACCCGAAGCACGUGCUGUCAGAGAAGUGUGUGCUGCAGUUGGCCUGCCGGCUGCUGGAUGCCCUGGAGUUCCUCCAUGAAAACGAGUAUGUUCAUGGAAAUCUGACAGCUGAGAAUAUCUUUGUGAAUCCGGAGGAUUUGAGCCAGGUGACCCUGGUGGGCUACGGCUUCGCCUUCCGCUAUUGCCCAAGUGGCAGACAUGUGGCCUACAAACAAGGCAGCAGGAGCCCACACGAGGGGGAUCUGGAGUUCAUUAGCAUGGAUGUGCACAGAGGAUGUGCUCCCUCACGCCGCAGCGAUCUCCAGACCUUGGGGUACUGUGUGCUGAAGUGGCUUUAUGGGUCCCUGCCAUGGACCAUCUGCCUUCCCAACACUGAGGAUAUCAUGAAGCAGAAACAGAAGUAUCUGGACAACCCUGAGCCCCUCGUGGGACUAUGUGGUCGCUGGAUCAGGCCCUCAGAGACCCUGCAGGAGUACCUGAAGGUGGUGAUGGCCCUCAAGUAUGAGGAGAAACCGCCCUAUGCCCUGCUGAGGAUGAACCUCGAAGCCCUGCUGCAGGAUCUGCGGGCAUCAGCCUAUGACCCCCUUGACCUCCAGAUGGUGCCCUAGGUGGAAUCCAGGACUUUCAACUUGCAGCUUGAAGUAGAGAAAAAAAAGUGAAGUAAUGUGAUUUGAGGCCUGCUUUUAAUCAGAUAAUCUUCUAGAAAAAUCCCUUGAAUGUGUAUUCCUAGCAUUUCUUUACACCACACCCGUGAGCCUGUUGAAUGCCAGGGGGCCAGAGUCGCCCUCCACAUAAUGUGAAUCCCGUCCUUUCCCGUCGUCUCCAGCAGCCAGUGGGGUUGCGGGUGAAGAAGACCCCAGAGGUGGGCCGCUCAAUAGGGCCCUCCUACCACUGGCUCCUCUAUGAUUUCGUAAUAAAUUGUUUUUCAGGUCUGCAAAAGUUCUUUUUGAAAAAGUUUAGCUCUUCUUUUUCCUAUUCAUCCAUCCCUUCAACCUUUCAUCAGUCAUUGUCUUUCAUUCCUUUCUUCUAACUUUUGCUGAGUGCAGUGGCACACACCUCCCAGCUGCGCAGGAGGCUGAGGUUGGAGAAUCACUUGAACCAAAGGGUUCAAGACCAGCCUGAGCAAUAUAAUGAGGCUCCAUUUAAACAGACAAUGAAACAAAUACUUCUGAAUGCACUUUUCAGUUUCAUGAAGACAUUUAUCCGUCUAUCUGGUCUUCCCUUGUCCAUCCAUCCACCCUCCAACCUCCAACCCUUUUAGCC